CAUCAGAAUAUUACAGUAGCUCUUUUGACAUCCACCAUCCACCAUCCACAGUUGUUCUAUGAUUUAGUAAAGUGUACUGCCAGUGCCCGCAUCAUUGCAGCGUUUAGGUAGCAAUACACAUGGAAAACAAAAGAUUUUGGAAUAGCCAGAUUUGGACAGUGUUUACACUGUUUCUAGCCGAAUUUUUCGGUACUGCGAUGUUGCUUUUUGGUGGUUGCAUGGCUAGCAUAGACGGCUUUGACAACCUCACGUCAAACAUUAGUCGUGGAAUUACCUUUGGAAUGGUUGUUAUGAUGGCGUUUAUAACAUUUAGCGCCUCUUCAGGUGCAAUUAUUAAUCCGGUUGUGUCACUAGCAGCUUACAUCUUUGGUACAUUAUCGUUACAGAAUUUUGUUAUUUCUCAUCCACAGUUAACGAUUUUAUAUAUUGUGGCUCAAUUCGCCGGGGCACUGUGUGGUUACGGACUAUUAAGAGCAGUCACACCGUGGCAAUAUUACCAACAAGCGCUGGAACACGGAAACGCCCACUGCGUCACAGUCCCUCAUCAAAGCCUAUCUUCUGGAAUGGCCCUUGCAGUGGAGAUAUUACUAACAGGCAUGUUAGUGUGGACGAAUUGUGGCGUCUGGGACCCGCGCAAUAAGAAGGACAGUGAUUCAGUUCCAGUUAAAUUUGCUUUUCUCAUUGCGGGGCUUUCAAUUGCCGGCGGGCCUAUUACCGGUGCUAGUAUGAAUCCCGCUCGGUCCUUGGCACCUGCAAUAUGGAAUCAUUACUACGAGGGACUUUGGAUUUAUUUUGCUGGACCUACGAUUGGUUCCAUAUUAAUGGUUACAAUAUAUCGGUAUAUUUUUCUUCAAAAAUGUAGUGAUACUUCGGAAAUGAUGUCCCCAUGCAAUUGCCAUCAUGAUACGGGGAAACAAGAUUCUCAUUCUUCUAAAAUUGUACCAUAAAGUCGAUCGUUACGAAUACCAUGUAGCCCCUAUUAAAGUGUCUGCUUUUGAAGAUAGCAUCAUUACGUCGGUGUAAGCUGUAAUAAAGGCAAACCUCUUUCAGGGUAAACAAAAGAUUAGGUAAACAAACCUAGCAGCAUUCAAAACUGACAAGAUGUGCUAUCAGUAUAGGUAAAUUAAGCAUCGAAAAUUACCCCCGUUUGUCAGCAAAUUCUUUGAUUGGCCUUGUUAUCGGUAAAGAUAAGUUGAUUGUUCAGUACGCCUAGUCUGUGCAAUGUCAUAGUAGGCCAGUUAGCAUUCUGCGUCUUUCCGACUCGGUUAUUCCAUUUGUGAUGUAUAUAACGUUUCCACUCUCAUACCGAUUAACGCCAAAGUACCCUUAUGAAGCACUGCAUCCAAUAAAAAAAACCAGAUUGAAAGUGAA